AUGGAGCUCACUGGAUUUGACCUGUUUGCCUUGUUUCUUUGCUCAAGCAUUUUCGGCUUGCUCGUGUCCUCUGAGCUCAUCAAUGAGCGCGAGAUGACGCUUGUCAUGGCGGUGUUUGUGGCGGUCGUGGCAAUGUUGUUCACGCAGUUUUCCACCAGCAAAGCGCUGGCUGGCUUUCUGUCCAAGGACAUUAGCAGCAUUCACAACAAGCAGCUCGAGGACCUGACAGAAGCCCAUGGCCGCCACACGGUCGGACUGAAGAGCGAGCAUUACGGCGCACAUGUGCGGCUGCUGAAUGAGAUCAACGAUGCAAACGCACGGUUCGAUCGGAUUUACAGCGAGUAUGAGCAAAUAUCGACAAAGUAUCAAGAGCAGAUGCGCAACAUGCAAGAGAAAGAGGAUCGCAUUCAGUAUCUUGAAAGCAAGCUUGGGGAAUUCGGGCAGAGCAAGCAUACUACUAGUACUAUUGCUCGUGUCCCCUUGUCUGCGCCGGCGACGCAAAUCAGCUUUUUGAAGCCACCACGUCGCCAAAGAUUCAAUGAGGGAAACCGAUGGCCUUCUUCCACAGGCCUGCUCCCCAGGGUUGUCGAAGCUGAGAACGAGUAG